UAAUAAUUUAUAACAACAAUACACCAACACGUACGCUUUUAGCUUCUUGGAUUUCUCCUUCAAUCUCACGGUAACAAGAACUCCCUUUCUCUUUCGGUGGCGACGGUGUCAAAUCACCGGUUAUUCUCGCGGUAAGCUCUAAUUUCUCAGUCCACCGUCAUCUCCUCCGACUUCUCGUGAUUCAGUUUAUUCUAACUCGUCGCCAUCAUGAAUCCCGAAUAUGAUUAUCUGUUUAAGCUUUUGCUUAUUGGAGAUUCUGGUGUUGGGAAAUCAUGUCUACUUUUGAGGUUUGCUGAUGAUUCAUAUCUGGAAAGUUACAUCAGUACCAUUGGUGUUGACUUUAAAAUCCGCACUGUGGAACAGGAUGGAAAGACCAUCAAACUCCAAAUUUGGGACACUGCUGGCCAAGAACGUUUCAGGACAAUCACUAGCAGCUACUAUCGUGGGGCUCACGGUAUCAUAGUUGUUUACGAUGUAACAGACCAAGAGAGUUUCAACAAUGUCAAGCAAUGGCUAAAUGAAAUUGACCGCUACGCCAGUGAGAAUGUGAACAAGCUUUUAGUUGGGAACAAGUGUGACCUAACAGCAAACAAAGUUGUGUCCUAUGAGACAGCUAAGGCUUUUGCAGAUGAAAUUGGGAUUCCUUUCAUGGAAACAAGUGCUAAGAAUGCCACUAAUGUUGAAGAUGCUUUCAUGGCCAUGGCUGCUUCAAUCAAGAAUAGGAUGGCAAGCCAACCGGCCAUGAACAAUGCGAGACCUCCAACAGUGCAGAUUCGAGGACAGCCUGUGAACCAGAAGUCUGGUUGCUGCUCUUCUUAAAGAAAAUUAGUUUUAGUGGGCUCAUGAUGGCUUUGUGUUAUUCGUUGCAUGUCGUAAAACUAGUCCUACUUAAUGCUUUUGAUUUGAAGAUGGUUCAACAUGAUUUGCUAAUUCUUGUCUUAUGUUCAAUACUCUGAUAAAUUUCCAUUUUUUUAAAUGUAUUUGAUUUUAAGAUUACAUUUGUACAAAAUAGGAAUGAUGUUGAAAAACAGUAUUUGCCCUGUUCAGUUUC